AUGGUCGGAAAUCGCGGCACUUACGAAGAAAAACUUUCAACGGACCGAAGACGGAUCUGUGAUUUUAGAUUGGGCAGUGGCUCCGAAGACAGCAAAAAUGGACCCCCACCGGGCGUCCCGCUUUAUCAAGAUACAGGGCAAGGACGCUUUUGCUCUGAUUCAACUACUGCACACGUUGCGCCCGGAAGAACGUCUAACGAAGCUGACGACCACCGACGUAGAACGCAUUCUGCCUCCUUACGGGGCCACGGCUCACUCCAUCAAGCGCGGUGCAUUGAGGCACGCGACAGAAUUGGUCGAGGCGCACGGUAUGGAUUCACACGUGAUCGCUCAACUCGCAAAACACGUGGAUCCUUUCGAUCUUCCGCAGAACACGGCGCGUUAUCUGGGGCGUUACACGACCUUGCUCACGAAGGUGUCGUCGGUGGUGGAGAUGAUGUAAUACGCGAUUUCCAAAGGGGUUUCGAGCCCUGGAUUCCUCCCGGAAGGGGGCCGCAGUACCAUCACACGUCGACAGCAGAUUACCCGCAUUGCUUCAGCAGAGGAUGA